UAUGCGAAGACGGUGCCAUCAACUAGCGCCUGACACCGAUUUGUACAUUUGGCUUUUGGGUUGCUGAUUAGUUAGAAGAAACAGGCCUGAUCCAAAAUGCAACUGUUAUGGUAGGAUUAUCUAUUAGUUGCUACACCAUAUUCAAAUCAACGAUUGGACUGCGGUGUGUAAAGCAGUGGUGCUGAAAACAACACAUUGAACAAGAACGUUUUCGAUUUUGCUGAUACAGUGUAAACUUUUGUUGGAUCGUGAAAAGAAUUAGGAGUUUCCAUGCGGACAUUCUGUUCCAUUCGACAGCUCAAACAUUAAAAGAAUACAGGACUAGGUUAUAUACAUUACAUACAAUAGAGGUGGGAAUGUGGAACGAUGUAACUAAGGUUGGCAACUCCAGUGAAAUAUCAGUAUCUUAAGGCGCCUACUUACCGCGUACGUAACGGUUUAUGAGCUCAAUAAUUAUUGUAAAAAAUCACGGUUAGAGCCACUGCGAAAUGGCGAAAAAGGAGCAGAAUAACAAAACGACUACCGAAGAUAUUAACAACAACCCAACUGACUCGCCUCCGUGGGCUAAUAGUCCGUACGCCAAAUAUAAUUGGAUGAUGCGACCUUGUGAAGUUUAUGAAGAUGAGUAUAACGACUGUAUCUCGAUGAGAGCCCGCUUACACCAAAAGUUCAUUUUUGGCGAAUAUGUCGAUUGCAGCGACUGGAAAUCGGAUCGAGACAACUGCUUUAAAUGGAGAACGAAAAAAGAUCUUGUAGCUUUCGAUAAUGUUGUGAGGAGUGAACUACAAAGAAAGGUGAAGCGGAACUUAGCGACGCUUGCGACAUCUUCUGUAUGGGAAUUUCGCGAGACACCGCCUUCACAGGAAGAAUGGUGCCCAGAGUUGCCUUCGUUCCUCAAAGAGAAAAUGGAAAAGUCCACGCUUGGAGAAUUACAUUUUGAGAAGAAACGGUCGUGUAUAAUACUGUGAGCUUUCCCUUGUUAUCAUUAAAUCGGCGACUGGAAGAUAAUGUGGUAGAAAAGCUGGUCUCUGACCUUUAGAAUUGAAAUUACUUUUGAAAGUUAGUUUUAGACACUAGACAUUGUAUCACGCAUUAUAUAUUUUGCAUUGUAUAUCAGUCAGACACGCGGGGGUGAACGGCAGACAUCUUUCAAUUAUAGUAUCGCAAUAGGAUGUAGAUGAAAAAUAUAAAAUAAAAUAGGCGUGUUAAAAAUGGAAGGGACAAAUAAUAAACUUUGAAAAUAUAUAUAAACAAAAUGUACGUGCCAAUUACUAAGUUUUUUUGUACAGUAAAGGUAAAAUUAUAUACAUGCUACUUUUUAUCACAUGUUUCUUCGUUGGAGUUAGUUUUUACUCAUGAGGUUUUAUGGGCACUCUUACUUGCAAAAACAGUCGUAAAACAAGGUGCGUUUUUCAAAAGUGAAUAAGGUCAAACCUAAACAAACUAUAAGUGUAAUUAAUGCAUUGUCUGGCUGUCAACCGACCAGUCUUUAUAUAUUUAGGUCACAAUACGCUAUCGUUCCAAAGUUCAUAACACAAUAUCUCCAAGAAAUGUGUUGGUUAUCGUUACAGCUUCGACGAAUUGGGGUAAAUCUCUGUCAAUAUUAUCAUAAUGGUCAUGCUACGUAUCCUGGGCUAGAGCGGCUUUUGGAUAUGGUUAAAAUCCAGUAUUUUAGUUUCAUUUCUGAAUUAAAGUUCCCUUUUCGCUCGGCAGUUUAAUGACGAACCGUUUGGUUGGUUAGUAGUAGGCAAGGGACGCCAGUUUCAGAAAUACAGAGAGGAUCUGCGCUGAUAUCACUAACAGUAAGAAUAGCUUUAGCAUAACAGAAGACCUAUUUAACCUGAAUGACUGUUUCUCAUACUCAAGUCUAGUUUUUAUUGAAAAUUGUUCUACGUCUAGAAAUGCAUACUGUAUAUAUGUGCCUGUUUCCAGACUCAAAUUUGCGACUUUUUAGGCCUUUUUUAGUCUUUUUUUCGUUUUAGAAUGCCUCAGGGCCUCUAGCUCCAGAUAGUCUUUGGACACUAUUACGUAAGCCGUCAGGUAGGCGCUGCUUCGUCACUACUCAACCUUUAUAUAUGUCUUCCCAAUUUUGUAUCACCAUUUCCUUACUGUGGAGAUACGUUUUCAUGGAUAAUAUCUCUCUGAAAUUGUUUUGCGCGUAUGUCCAGAUCUGAACACGCGACUUACGCAAACUAGUUAUUCUUUUGCAGCAAUAAACGGUGUUCUGUCGAUAUCGAAGAAAAGGUAAAUUAUAUUUCUGCGCUAGUCAUCACAGGCUAUAGUUUUGAUUUGCAUGUACUCCGAAGCAGUCAUGAUACCGACGCUGAAAGACUCGCUAUCAGAAACGACUAUAAAUUUACGCGGUAUGUUUAUAUAUAUUCCGUAAAUGUGUACCUACGAUAUGUAAAUUAAGAUAUCACGUUUUGCCUAGUCCGCGAGCAGCAAAUAAGGAGGCAAAUUUAACGCUUUUAAACAAUCAAAAAUAACGGUGUCAUACUGAAGGGCAGCAUUCGGGAGAUAUAAUUUUAUCGGGAUCUUUCAACAUUGCCUCCAUAUUGGCGCGUAAAUCUCAUAAUAAAUUCUAUACCUAUUCCGAAAGAGUUCCGCGUUUUCCUCACACAUAAUAUUGACCUCGUAUUAUAUAAAAAUAUCUCAAGAUUAGAUUGGGCCUUUGUUUAUUCACUUUCUCAUUGAUCUUACGGAUAACUUGGCAUUGCGCCAUACACUUCUAGAGAAAAGGAGAAAAACAACAGUCAUUUAAAUAGGUAAAGCCCUAAAUGCUUUCAUAGUAAGAGUAUCAAUGAUUCUGCAUGGCGUGCUGGUUUUGUCUCGUCGAAUUUACCUCAGCUUCAGAUGGUGGAGGGACGAAGGAAAUUGUUCCGUGGCUCGUCUGCUUAGCGCUAAGUCUACAUAGAGUUUCGGACCAUUACAGACCCGUGCUAUGACUAGAGCUGGCUAAGCUAAGCCGCUGAACAUACGUGGGUUUGGUGGGCGAGAGCGCCCGUUCUGUUCAGGUCGAGAGGGACUUGCCGAUCUAGCAAGUGGCCGUCAGACGGCGAAAAUCUUUGUUUCGAGAGAAUCUGUAGACUUGAUUAGGCCGAGAGCAGUACUGCAACGAACUACCAAAAUGUACGAUAAACGUCGUUCGAGGACAUACCGGGUGAACUACGAGAUUGGCAAUUCGCUGUACUCGAAACAAAUCGCAAACCUGAAUGCCCGCACAGGAUCCAUAUCUACAAGCUUCGUUAAUCCUCAUUGGAGCACGCGUGAUGAUUUGUACAUCCAUGAGAGCAUCUAUGGUAAACGAAGUCGCGAUCUUCUUCGAAACGAUUGGCGGCAUACGGCACAUUUUCACGACCGCAUAGUUCAGGACGCCAUGCCCAAAGAAGAUUUCUCCAAAUAUUGGAAACUUGAUGGAACCUACUGGCGUCGUUUGUGGCCAUCGACGGAUUCGUUUGGCAGAACACAUGCCGGAGAAACGGUUCGCUGGGUAGAGCAGACCCGAACUCGCGAAAAGCACAUUGAAUGGCAAAAACAACGGGAGCGGGAACGCCGGGACAAGCUGCGCGAAAUUUAUGCCCCAGAACGACCAGACACACUCUAUGGACUCAAACGACAUUUUAGCGUUAAGUGGUAGCACUGUCUUCGGGCUUGUCGGCGCAUGCAAAGGCGGUCUAUGUGAAUGCGCCUUACGGGCCUACGCUACUACUACACUACGAAAACUGACAAUCACAGACGACGCUUCAUAGUUUCAUUUCUUUUACAAGGGCAUGUCCUAUUAUCAUAAUAAGAAAAUGUCCCCCGAAACAGGGUUUACUAGUAGAUGAUGACAAAUAAUAUAGCCUCCACCGUUGAUUAUCUACCACCAUUAUCCAAAAAUUAACAUUGGUAUACAAACAAGUGAAAGAGUUCAGAAAUCUGAAUUCAGUAUAGGGCAUCUCUGACUUUCAUCUAACGAACAAGUAUAGUAUUGAGAGGUGAGAACAAAGCCGAAAACCUAACAGCACUUAUUAACCUUCAAGAAGACCUGAAGUAAUAAACGUCGUUUUGGAAAGGCAAGUUUCAUCCUUAUAGGUAUAUCUAGUGUGAGAAUCAUAUGCGCUGGAAUGAUAUUUACAAUGCUAGCCAAUGGACAAGUACGCAAAUCUCACUACCUACCAAUUCCUGUUUCAUCUGGUAAAUUUUGACUGUGGAUUUACCAUUUUUCCGACAACAGUGUCUUUUUUCCUUAAUGGCACUGAAAUAUUUUGCGGUUCUCUGCCAUGUGAUGCCUAUUUGUCAUUAUUUUAAAAUUCCAAAAAGGAGUUCUCUGUCACCUCUGUCUCAGUAACGCCAAGUAGUACUAAAGAAUCGCCAAGAACCAACUUCUUGCACCAUUUCUUUUUAUAAAAUGGGCGAAAAUCUUAUUCUUUGAUCCCUGCCCUCCCGCAAUGCACUAGGCUAAUUAACUAAACAGAUUUCA